GAUGCUGGCUCCAGUGCAGCAAACUCUUCUGCCUCUUGCAAGCAUCAGCCUUGGAAACAAAACAAAACAAAACAAAAAAAACCUUUUUUAUGGAGCAGCCUCUGGCCCUGACAGGCUCUGGCUCUCUGUUGGCUCCCAAGAAGCCCCCCACCUUUCUUAGAGAUCAGAUUUUUAAAAGAUGAGGUUGUACAGUGCUCAGCCAGAUCCCCACGUGGCCGCUGAAGAAAGCCCAGAGUGUUGGGGACUGGGCCCUUUCUCAGCUACCACCUCUGCUUGGGUGUCCUCAAUGCUAAGACAAGACACCUUGUAGCCCAACUCUUUCCAAAAUGACGGGGCUGGGAUUCUCCCCCACCUCAAGUCGAAUAUCCAGCGUUCACCAGGCGGUGGCAGGACCGAGCACGUGGUAUCAUUUAGGGGCUGGGCUCCAGGGUCCUCCUAGGAAAGAGGACAGCCCAAGAGGCGAGAGGCUGGCCGGCCACCCUGGCCAUGGCAACCUCUCUGGCUCCUACAGCUGCUGGCCAAAGGCAGGGGGCACGCCCUGCGUCCCAUUACCACGUUCAUAGGAUGGUGCCAGGAGCCCGUUAUCUCUUCUUCGCCUUCUCCUCACGCACCACCCCCACUGUCAUGCCGAUAAAUCCCGAGAGCAAAGGGUGGCACGAUUCCUCCCGCGCCCCUGCGGGCUGAAGGCGGGCACUAAAGCAGUGCAGUCCCAAGCUUCCCCUGCAGAAGCCGCGCUCCCCACUCGGUCCGGGGGCAGAGGGGGCGCGAGAGAGCAAGUGGGCGGGCGUCCCAUCCUCCGCAUCCUCCUCCAGGUCCUGGCGCACAGGGUGGGAGCGCUGCGCUGCGCCGCGCUGCGCAUCGCGGCCCGCUUGCCGCCUGCCCCCUGCCCUAGCUGGGCCACCUCCCCGGGCUGCCGGUGGAGGGCUAAGAGGCGCUAACGUUACGCUGUUUCCGGUUUUCCAGCGGGCUCUGUUUCCCCUCCCAAGGCGGCGGCGGCUGAGCGGCAGAGCCCCCCAAAUGGCCUGGCCAGAUGCGGCAGGUUUGCUGCUCAGCGCUGCCGCCGCCGCCACUGGAGAAGGGUCGGUGCAGCAGCUACAGCGACAGCAGCAGCAGCAGCAGCGAGAGGAGCAGCAGCAGCAGCAGCAGCAGCAGCAGCAGCAGCAGCGAGAGCGGCAGCAGCAGCAGGAGCAGCAGCAACAACAGCAGCAUCUCUCGUCCCGCUGCGCCCCCAGAGCCGCGGCCGCAGCAACAGCCGCAGCCCCGCAGCCCCGCAGCCCGGAGAGCCGCCGCCCGUUCGCGAGCCGCAGCCGCCGGCGGCAUGAGGCGCGACCCGGCCCCCGGCUUCUCCAUGCUGCUCUUCGGUGUGUCGCUCGCCUGCUACUCGCCCAGCCUCAAGUCAGUGCAGGACCAGGCGUACAAGGCACCCGUGGUGGUGGAGGGCAAGGUACAGGGGCUGGUCCCAGCCGGCGGCUCCAGCUCCAACAGCACCCGAGAGCCGCCCGCCUCGGGUCGGGUGGCGUUGGUAAAGGUGCUGGACAAGUGGCCGCUCCGGAGCGGGGGGCUGCAGCGCGAGCAGGUGAUCAGCGUGGGCUCCUGUGCGCCGCUCGAAAGGAACCAGCGCUACAUCUUUUUCCUGGAGCCCACGGAACAGCCCUUAGUCUUUAAGACGGCCUUUGCCCCCCUCGAUACCAACGGCAAAAAUCUCAAGAAAGAGGUGGGCAAGAUCCUAUGCACUGACUGCGCCACCCGGCCCAAGUUGAAGAAGAUGAAGAGCCAGACAGGACAGGUGGGUGAGAAGCAAUCGCUGAAGUGUGAGGCAGCAGCCGGUAAUCCCCAGCCUUCCUACCGUUGGUUCAAGGAUGGCAAGGAGCUCAACCGCAGCCGAGACAUUCGCAUCAAAUAUGGCAACGGCAGAAAGAACUCACGACUACAGUUCAACAAGGUGAAGGUGGAGGACGCUGGGGAGUAUGUCUGCGAGGCCGAGAACAUCCUGGGGAAGGACACCGUCCGGGGCCGGCUUUACGUCAACAGCGUGAGCACCACCCUGUCAUCCUGGUCGGGGCACGCCCGGAAGUGCAACGAGACAGCCAAGUCCUAUUGCGUCAAUGGAGGCGUCUGCUACUACAUCGAGGGCAUCAACCAGCUCUCCUGCAAAUGUCCAAAUGGAUUCUUCGGACAGAGAUGUUUGGAGAAACUGCCUUUGCGAUUGUACAUGCCAGAUCCUAAGCAAAAGCACCUUGGAUUUGAAUUAAAGGAAGCCGAGGAGCUGUACCAGAAGAGGGUCCUGACCAUCACGGGCAUCUGCGUGGCUCUGCUGGUCGUGGGCAUCGUCUGUGUGGUGGCCUACUGCAAGACCAAAAAACAGCGGAAGCAGAUGCACAACCACCUCCGGCAGAACAUGUGCCCGGCCCAUCAGAACCGGAGCUUGGCCAAUGGGCCCAGCCACCCCCGGCUGGACCCAGAGGAGAUCCAGAUGGCAGAUUAUAUUUCCAAGAACGUGCCAGCCACAGACCAUGUCAUCAGGAGAGAAACUGAGACCACCUUCUCUGGGAGCCACUCCUGUUCUCCUUCUCACCACUGCUCCACAGCCACACCCACCUCCAGCCACAGACACGAGAGCCACACGUGGAGCCUGGAACAUUCUGAGAGCCUGACUUCUGACUCCCAGUCGGGGAUCAUGCUAUCAUCAGUGGGUACCAGCAAAUGCAACAGCCCAGCAUGUGUGGAGGCCCGGGCAAGGCGGGCAGCAGCCUACAACCUGGAGGAGCGGCGCAGGGCCACCGCGCCACCCUAUCACGAUUCCGUGGACUCCCUUCGCGACUCCCCACACAGCGAGAGGUACGUGUCGGCCCUGACCACGCCCGCGCGCCUCUCGCCCGUGGACUUCCACUACUCGCUGGCCACGCAGGUGCCAACUUUCGAGAUCACGUCCCCCAACUCGGCGCACGCCGUGUCGCUGCCGCCGGCGGCGCCCAUCAGUUACCGCCUGGCCGAGCAGCAGCCGUUACUGCGGCACCCGGCGCCCCCCGGCCCGGGACCCGGGCCCGGGCCCGGGCCCGGCGCAGACAUGCAGCGCAGCUAUGACAGCUACUAUUACCCCGCGGCGGGGCCCGGACCGCGGCGCGGGACCUGCGCGCUCGGCGGCAGCCUGGGCAGCCUGCCUGCCAGCCCCUUCCGCAUCCCCGAGGACGACGAGUACGAGACCACGCAGGAGUGCGCGCCCCCGCCGCCGCCGCGGCCGCGCGCGCGCGGUGCGUCCCGCAGGACGUCGGCGGGGCCCCGGCGCUGGCGCCGCUCGCGCCUGAACGGGCUGGCGGCGCAGCGCGCACGGGCGGCGAGGGACUCGCUGUCGCUGAGCAGCGGCUCGGGCGGCGGCUCAGCCUCGGCGUCGGACGACGACGCGGACGACGCGGACGGGGCGCUGGCGGCCGAGAGCACACCUUUCCUGGGCCUGCGUGGGGCGCACGACGCGCUGCGCUCGGACUCGCCGCCACUGUGCCCGGCGGCCGACAGCAGGACUUACUACUCACUGGACAGCCACAGCACGCGGGCCAGCAGCAGACACAGCCGCGGGCCGCCCCCGCGGGCCAAGCAGGACUCGGCGCCACUCUAGGGCCCCGCCGCGCGCCCCUCCGCCUCGCCCGCCCCACUAUCUUUAAGGAGACCAGAGACCGCCUACUGGAGAGAAAGGAGGAAAAAAGAAAUAAAAAUAUUUUUAUUUUCUAUAAAAGGAAAAAAGUAUAACAAAAUGUUUUAUUUUCAUUUUAGCAAAAAUUGUCUUAUAAUACUAGCUAACGGCAAAGACGUUUUUAUAGGGAAACUAUUUAUAUGUAACAUCCUGAUUUACAGCUUCGGGAAAAAAAAAGAAACAACAAAAAAAAAAGAGAGAUGGGCCAAUUUUUUGACUCUUUAAUAGAAACCUAUUUUGUGGUGCCUUUUGCUGUAUGCUCAUCUGGGGCUCCGGGGGACAGGUCUGGGUUGUGGGGUGCUGAGAGUGAUAGCUGGGAGAGAAGAGGCUGCUGGUUCUGUUGGGGGCGAAGGUGGGGGGCGGUGGGGGGUUGGCCCUAAGGAAGAACUGAGGACGGAAGUAGCUUUGCUCCCAGGCAAGAGCUGAAGUUCCCGACCCCUGGGAGGAGAGGGCCAGGACCCUAGGCUUGGAGCUGGAGCUGAGGUAACUUCCAGGGGGAGAUAAAGACACAGCUACCCGAAUGGGGAAGCCCUGGCUACUCACAGCUGUUAAAGGAGGGGGAGCAGAGAAACCUUUCACCAAGAGCCUGAGCCCAGGGAGGUGGCAGCUCUGCCAGGGGCCCAAUGCUGGCGGCUCCUGUCCCCCACAGCCUCCAGGACGCCCCUCCGUCCUCUGCAGCACCUUCGUUUACAGGUCGUCUUUUCUAUUUUACACCUGCAUGUCCUUUGCAUUUCAGAUUCUUUAGAUUGGAUGCAUGGUCACGCUGGGACCGAGAAGAGCCACUCGACAGUGUAUUCCCCUUUUAGCAAUAAAGUAACACCAUUUCCUUCUCACAGGCUGCCUCCUAGCCCCCAACCCACCUAUGACAUCCACUCGUCUCCAGUCCUGCCCUCCCACCCCCAAAAACUGGGUCCACUGCUAAUUUGUCAAAAAGGUAAUUGUUUAAAAAAAAAAAAAAAUCCCAAACAGAAACAGAUGGGAAUCCUGUCCUGAAAUGUCUGAGCACCUGACUGUUGACACUUGAACAUUUUUAUAUUAUAAAUAAAAUCAGAAAUAACUCCUGUUUGACUGUGUGUGCCUAGCCUCAGAUGAGGAGGGAAGUCAGAGCACGAAGUCCCAUGGUGGAUGUGGAUGAUGCUGGCCUGGAGGUUGGAGGGGGCCAGGGCAGUCCCUGGAAGGAAGUGACCCUGUCUCCGGUCUCUCCGGCCCCAGCUCACAGGACAGACUCCAGCCCUCCUCCCGCUUCCAAGAAUAUUUACAAGGUGUCCCCACUGGCUGCUGGGGAACCUGGCCAAGGGACUGACACAAAUUGCUCUGCUUCAAACUCAGCGUUGGAACUCUGGCCCAGUUCCUGCCCUGGAUCUAUGGGCCGGACUGAGGCAACAGUUGCCGGCCUAGGUGGGUGAGGAGGGAUGGGUUGUGGGGUUGGUAAUAGCACAGCCAAGGCAGGAUGACCCUUGGACCCUGAGGCACGUCACAGGCAAAGUCUGAACAUGCAAAGUGGCAUAACAGUGGUACCCUCAGCUGCCAGGACCACAGCUGCUGCAGUUCAUAAGCCCACAGGGUGUUGCUCUUUCCCCAACUUUAUACCCCCUCAGAGCCAGGACCUGUCUAAACCCGCAGACCUGAGAGAGAGUACAUGAUUUCAGUAUGGAGAAGGCAGAUGGAGGCCCAGGUUCAAAAGCCUUUCCCCUCAUCAACUAAUUUAGUAAACCAGUGCCCAGCACCAGGAACUAUUCGGUUCCAGCCAGACACACGGACGUCUUCCACCCAAACAGCUGAGGUGGUUGGCAUGCACACUCGGCUACACCUGUGUGUGUGUGUGUGUGUGUGUGUGUGUGAAUCCUCCUAGGAUGUGUGUAGUCAGAGACCUAUAGGUGGGAGGGACAGAGAGGCUGCGGGUUGAGAGGGCUUUGGCAUCAACAGGGCGUAAGUUCAAAUUCCAGCUCUGUGCCGCCUAGCUGUGUGACGUCUCUAGGCCACAGUUUCCUUGCUGGGAAAUGGGUGAUGUGAAUAUCUAUUCCAAAAGGUUGCUGUGGAGAUUAUAAAGUACCCAGUGCUGAUGCUGGCACGUGAUAGAUGCCUAUUAUAUGGCUGAUUUGAUGGUGGUGAUGACAAUAUCCUGUGCCUUGCAUCCUUGUAUCACACAGCCAGAGUGACAAAAACUAGAUGAGAGGGAGGCGAUGGAAAAAAUAAAAAACAAAUUAAAGUUAUUGUAUUUAUUGUGGGGGUGCUGGGAAAAAGUAUCUGCUACAAAAAAUUUUAAAAAGGAAAAUAAUGAACUCAAUCCUGCAUAAAUCUGCAACUCACUGGCCCCUCCCGGCCCCCUUCUGUUGAUCUCAUCCAGGCCUCUCUGCUGUCUCUGGUUUCGUAGUUGACUUUAAAAUUCUCUGAGAGCCAGUUAUUCUUCUAUGUGACUUGUGGCUUCUGUAGGAUCCCAAAUUAACUCCAUAUGAACUCUUGGGGAACCCAUUGACCUUUGUGUGAUCCAGCUUAUUGUCCUCGUGUGACCUUUCUGGGGGCUCUAGGUUGCUGUUGCUUUCUAAAUUUUAGAGUCAGAAGCCACCCAAUGAACCCGCCAAUCUCUAUGUGGCCCUCGGUUGAUUCUGAAUGACCUCUUGGUGAAUUCACCGAUCUUUGCAUGAGCAUCGGGUACCUUCAUUAUAUGCUUUGAAUCCUACAGUACCUGCCAUACGUGCGGAGAGUCCAAGGCCAGAACCUAACAGAGUUCUUUCCUCACCUGUCAUCCACCCAUUCAUUUCACAGGUAUGAUUAGGACCCGGGAACACAUGUGGCCAGAGAGGCCCCUUCUCCACUCUGCCUCUCAAACCUCUGCCUUGGGAAGCCUUCCCAGUGGCCUUUCAGGAAGAGUCGCAGUCCUGUCAAGCUACUUCCCUACCACCGCCCCGUCGCUGGAACACGUAGGACGACAUUCAGGCAGCUUCGCAAGUCAGAGGCUUCAUCCCCACUUUCCCAGUUCUUUCUUUUCUCUUCCAGGUCAUUUUUUGGCUUCUCUUUCCAGCCCCUCCCAGAGGCCCAAGUGGUAAUGGUAACUGCCUGUUCUUCUCCUCACGAAACUGUGAGCCCCACGAGGACAGGCAGCCAAACUUCCUCCCACCACCGUAUCCCCAUCACCCCGCCCAGCGUGCAGCACACAGUUGGCCCUCAUUGAAUGAGAGGAUGAAGGCGCAAGAGACACCGUCCUCAAGGGGCAACCCCCAGAAGUCCCUGAGCCCGAGGCCACUUCCCAGGACCACCAGGUGGCGCAAACCACUUAUUGCAUGUCACCAGUCCUGAAUUUGAACAGUCCUAGAAAAUGGGCAUGUUGGAGGCAGCAGUUGUGGGUGGUGAGGAUCCAUUCGAAUGCAGGAAGAACUAUUAGAACUUUGACUUAGAUUUAUUUUCAUCUCAUCUUUUUUAAAUUUCUAUUUUUGUGUAUGUUUUAUAAUGUACAUAAUAUUUUAGUACAGUAGUACAUGUAUAUAAUUUACAAAUAAAUAAUUAUACAAUUAAGGAAGUGAACUAAACAUUUUUUUACUGAUGGGAGGCACAACCCAUGCUCAGGAAGCACAACCCAUGCUCA